UCAAAAAAAACUCUCACUGGCAAUUCCUUCAACCGCAAACAGAGUAUUAAUAUUUAGUUUUAAGCAACUAACUAAUUUUAUUGAGACGCUAUUGAGUAACAAUUAAGCAAAUGGGUGUUGUUGUGCUACCUAAGCAUGUAGCAGCAGUAAUAAAAUCUCAGAAGAACCCAUUAAGAGCACUAGAGAUGUUCAAUUCCAUGAAGAAGGAAGAUGGAUAUAGCCAUAAUGUGUAUACCUACAAAUGUAUGGUUGAAAAGCUUGGCUAUCAUGGAGAAUUCAAAGCAAUGGAGAGCCUUAUUGAAGAAGCAAGAAGGAACAUUGAUAAUAUGUUGUUAGAAGGAGUGUACAUUACAGCCAUUAAAGCUUAUGGAAGGAAAGGGAAAGUCGAAAGUGCAGUUAAUGUGUUUGAGAGAAUGGAUUUUUAUCAUUGUGUGCCAUCUGUAUAUUCGUAUAAUACAAUAAUGAACUUAUUGAUCGAACAUGGUUAUUAUGUGCAGGCUCAUAAAGUGUACAUGAGGAUGAUCGAAAGGAGGAUUCGCCCCGAUGUGCAUAGUUUUACUAUUAGGAUAAAGUCGUUUUGCAGAACAAAGAGGCCGCGUGUUGGUUUGAGGUUGUUGAGGAACAUGAUUGAUCAGGGAUAUCGAGUGAAUUCAGUUGUGUAUUGUAUGUUGGUUGGUGGAUUUUAUGAGGUGGAGGAGUAUCGAGAUGAUGCACGUCAGUUGUUUGAUGGAAUGCUUGAGUUAGGUAUUACUCCUGAUGUAACUACGUUUAAUAAGCUUGUAGUACGCGUGCUUUGUAAGAAAGGGGAGGUUCAAGAAUGCGAGAGGCUACUUAACAAGGUUGUUAAAAGAGGGGUGUUUCCGAAUUUGUUUAUGUGUAAUUUGUUGAUACAAGGUCUUUGUGAGAAGGGGCGGGUAGAUGAAGCCGCGAGGAUGUUGGAAGGUUUGAGGAAAGAAGGUUUAAACGCGGAUGUAGUUAGUUAUAACACGCUUAUAUGUGGUUUGUGUAAGCAUUCGAAGGUUGAUGAAGCGGAGUCUUACUUGCGUAAAAUGGUGAAUCGUGGGUUGGAUCCUGAUGUGUUCACGUAUAACACAAUCAUUGGCGCGUAUUGCAAGUUGGGUAUGGUGCAGAAAGCGGACGUAGUCCUUGAUAAUGCGGUUUUUAAAGGUUUUGUUCCUGACGAGUUUACUUUUUGCUCGAUGAUUUAUGGAUUGUGCGAGGAUGGUGACAUCGAUAGAGCCAGGAGUUUGUUUGAUGAAGCGAUAGGGAAAGGUAGGAAGUCGUGUAAUGUGAUCCUGUAUAAUACGUUGAUUAAGGGAAUGUGUCGGCAUGGACUUAUCUUAGAAGCGUUGAAGUUGGUUACUGAAAUGCCGGAGAAAGGUUGCAGUCCUAAUACAUGGACGUAUAAUCUGAUCAUCAACGGGUUGUGUAAGAUGGGGUGUGUAUCUGAUGCUCGUAAUGUCAUGAAUGAUGCCGUGGCCAAAGGUAUCCUUCUUGAUAUUUUUACGUUCAACACCUUGAUCGAUGGUUAUUGCAAGCAUUCGAAAUUGGAUGAUGCAAUCGAGGUACUACAUACGAUGUGGGAUCAUGACGUUGUUCCAGAUGUGAUAACGUAUAACACGAUGUUAGAUGGACUUUGCAAGCUUAAAACUUGCGAUGACGUGAUGGAAACCUUCGAAGUCAUGGUGGAAAAAGGGUGUGUCCCGAAUAUAAUCACGUAUAGUAUACUCAUUGAGAGCCUGUGUAAGUCUAGAAAGUUUAUGAAAGCUGUAGACUUAUUCGAGGACAUUCAAAGCAAGGGUCUUGUACCCGAUACGGUGAGUUUUGGCACUCUGAUAAAGGGGUUUUGCGAGAAUGAUGAUUUGGACGGAGCCUAUAAGCUAUUCGGAAGAAUGAAAACGCGAUAUAAAUGUGCUCACACUACGGCAAUAUACAAUAUAUUGAUUAGCGCGUUUGCUAAAAAGCUGAAAAUGGACAUGGCGGAGAAGCUGUUUGUUGAGAUGAAUGAAUGUGGCUGUCCUCCUGACAACUACACAUACCGUUGUAUGAUAGAUGGUUUCUGCAAGGCCAAUAACACUGAAUUUGGGUACAAGCUUUUGCUUGACAACAUGACGAAAGAGGAAUUUCUUCCAUCGAAAGAAACAGUUGGGCGAGUGCUCAAUUGCCUAUGCGUGAAGAACAGGUUGCUCGAAGCAGUUGGUAUCAUUCAUCUCAUGGUGCACAAGGGUGUUGUCCCUAACGUGGUCCUCACAAUUUUCGAAGCAGAUAAAAGGGAUGUGGCCGCUCCUAAGAUUGUCGUGGAGGACUUGCUGAAGAAGAAUCAUAUCACCUAUUAUGCCUAUCAACUUCUAUACGAUUCGAUAAGAGACAAAAAGAUUUUGAAGAAACUAUCAAAGGUACCUUCUGAUCAACUUACUGCAUUAUCCGGUAGUAGAUCAUGUGUACCGGGAGCAAAAUGCAGUAGCUGAUCAAGCUUGCUAGUUUUGGAUUAACUAUGGACAAUAGCAGGAUACAAAUCGGUAAAGUUGAUGCCAUGUGACCAGGAGGUCACGGGUUCAAGUCUUGGAAAACAGCCUCCGAUAGAAAUGCAAGGUAACACUGCGUACAAUAGAUCCUUUUGGUAGCGCCCUUCCGGCGCUUCCCCGAACCCUGCACAUAGCGGAAGCUUUAGUGUACAGGACUGUACAUACUCGACAGGCAGACCAAAGAGGAAUGCACACUACUAGAAGCAUGGCUAGUAGUAUAGACAGGAUCCUUCUAGCUCCUACUCUAGAAUAGCCAUUGUAGCUUGGCUGGUAUCUCGUGAAAUUAGUCGAGGUGCGUGCAAGCUGACUCGUACACCACGAUUGUAACAAAAGAAAAAAAAAUAGCCAUGGUAGCUAAUAUGUUGUAUCCUAGUAGUUAAUAGCUCCCUUGUACUGAAGUAAUGUUUUUUUUUUUUUUGGUUUCCCAUCCGGUAUCCGGUGCUAGCAUUGGAGCCCCGAUUAAUCUGAAUCGGGCGUUGCAAGGUCCAUUAAGGUGACAACACUCUCAACAGAGUUUUCUCCAUACUCAGGGUCGAACCAUCGACCGCUGGUUAAGGGUGCAGCAGCUCCAUCCACUGCACCACAACUCAUAUUGAUGAAGUAAUGUUUUGAUAUGACAUGAGUAAAUCUUUCUUACCACAAGAAAAAAACUUCUAGUUUUUUUUUUUUGUUUGUUUAAAUCAGCAUAAACCCGCAACCCACCCCACCUCGCAUUAAUUUAGAAAAAAAUAAUUUCAACUCGCACGGCUUCAUUGACAUCUCUGAUAAUAUCAAGAUUUUUCACUAACAGCAUUCGAAAUAUAAAAAAAU